AUGUCUGCCGCAAAGACCAAGGCUCAGUCCUACAUCAACGAGAAUGGCGUUGUCGUCUUUUCGAAAUCUUACUGCCCUUACUGCCACGCCAGCAAGAAGUUGUUGAAUGAGCUCGGCGCGAAGUUCGCGGUCGUCGAGUUGAACGAGUUGUCCGACGGCUCCGCCAUCCAAGACGCCCUCGAGGAAAUCAGCAGCCAGCGCACCGUUCCGAACAUCUUCAUCCAGCAGAAGCAUUUGGGUGGAAACUCGGAUCUGCAGGCCAAGAAGGCCCAGUUGCCGCAGUUGUUGAAGGAUGCUGGUGCUUUGUAA